UUAUGUUUUUGUACUUCCGUGUAGAAGAGGUUGCGGAAAACCUGUGAUAAAUGUUUAAUUUUAAAACGGAUCCUUAAGUUGUGGUGUCGAACAGAUGAUUCAUAAUCCCAACUUGACUAGUGAAGAAAUUUGCAAUUUAAUUAAACAGAAAGUGUAAUCGAGAAAGUAAAACGAAGUUUUGUUUACAUGCUUGUAAGUUGUAGUUUUUUUUCUCUCAACCCAAACCACAUGUGUGGAAUGCUUGAUUGCUAGCUAGCUUGCAGAGCGUUGUCAUCGAGAAGAGAAUGUGUGAUCCGAUGUAACCAGAGAGACUUCGGAACUAGCUGGCUACACAUAGUACUAUUUUAAUGUACAUGUUCAUGUGUUUGUAAGUUUGUGCGAGACAUUUCCCACUGGCAUUUCAGCAAAGGAGACAACAAAAUGACACGCUUUGUGGAACACUUUUGGGACACUGAGUUUAACAGCACAAAUGGUUAUGAUGUGCUGCUCAAACGGAUGAAAGAAGGACGAGAGAUGUGUAAAGACUAUGAAGAAUUUCUCAAACAGAGAGCAAAGGCAGAGGACGCUUUUGGAAAAACACUCGUCAAAAUUGCAAAGAGCUCAGGUGGAAAAGAUGAGAUAGGAACCUUAAAAACAUCCUGGGAUGAAGUUGUGUCACAGACGGAGAAUUGCGGCCAGUCUCACAUCAACAUCUCGAUAAGGCUGACAGAGGAAGCCAAAAAGGUGGAAGAAUUCCGCGAAGCUCAGAAAGAGAAACGAAGGAAGGAAGAAGAUGGCAUCAAGAGAUUAAUUACUGCCAAGAGGGAUCAGCACAACAAAGUCAUACAUAGUAAGAGAACAUAUGAAGGUAAAUGCAAGGAAGCAGAUAUUGCUGACGAUGCUUACAUGAAAGGACGCUUAGUCGGUCCAACCAAGGACCAAGAUAAGUUGCUAAUAAAGAAAGAUAAGUUGAGGCAGACGUCAACUCAAGCAGAUGCACAAUACCAGAAAGAAGUAGUGACUUUAGAGCAGACAAGGCAAGAAUGGGAAGACAGAAUGACACAACUUUGUGUGAUCUUCCAGCAGCUUGAAAUGGAGAGAAUUCGUUUCUUGAGGAACACAAUGUGGGUGUUCUCCAACAUCAUAUCACUGCAGUGUUGUAGUGAUGAUGAGAAUUCUGAUGAUAUGAGAAAAGCAUUGUCUGACUGCAACGAGGACAAAGACAUCCAGUUGUUCAUCUCACAAAAGGCUACAGGAAGUUUAAAACCAGCACAAGUCGUGUACGAGUGCUACUAUAAAGAUGGUAGCAUGGCAGCCAAGUCGAGUGGAGGCAGUGGUGGGGGUAUAUCAAAUGGGCGGAGCCGACAAACCUUACCCCCUAUCCCAGCUGCAAUGAAGAUAGACCAACAUCGAGCGUUACCACCACCACCAGAAGUAUCAUCUCCAUCCAAAGAAGAUGGGAUUUACUCUGCAAUGUCCGACUACUCCACUGGUGUUAUUGGACAAAUCAAAGCGAAAGACUCCAGUAAGUUCAUGGCUAAAUUUGACUAUGAAGCUCAGGGAGAUGAGGAGCUUGAUAUAAAAGCUGGUGAUAUCUUGACCAUCGUUAACAGGGACGACGAUACGUGGUGGUACGCAGAAUUCAAUGGAAAGAGAGGUCAUGUUCCUGCAGAUUAUCUAGGCCCUUGUGCCAACACCGGUGACGAAGGACACACGACUUACCUUUAAUACUAGGUUCAGCAGUCAUGAAUGUGUGUGAACGACAUAGGAGUCAUGCGUCAUAAACACUUGGUUCUCAAGUUUAAAGGCACUGGACACUAUUGGUAAUUACUCAAACUAAUGGUUUAGCAUAAAAUCUUACUUGGUAAC